CACAAUGUUCGUCUUGUUUUUUGUAGUGUCACUUUUGUCCGGUGUGUACACGCAAUGUGUACCUUGCCAGUGCGUUAACGCUGCCAUAAAUCCCUUCCAAGCAGUACUAGAAUACUUCGACUCAUCAGUCAGCUGUCUACAGCCAACCAUCACCCCGUAUGGCACAAUCACCGAAGUGCCAGUGACAGAAUUGCCAAGGAUUAUAAGUCCGAUGUUGCCAGCCGCGUCACCCGUGUCCGCUCUGGCACCGCCGUUUCUAGAAUCGUUGCCACCCGCGUCUCAUUGUUAUUGCGCUUGCCAGUAUCUAAAGAAAAUGCCUAUGCCACCUCCUUUUAUAUAAAACUAGCUACUCCGCGCGGUUUCACCCCCGUGGCUCCACUC